GAGCAGCUAGUUCUGUCUCAUAUCAGCGCAAAUAUGGCGAAAGCGGCAGCAGGUCAGGAGUCAGAGUAGUAGUACAAAGUGUUUACUUGUUUAAAAGAGUUUUAAAGUGUACAUUAGCCACCCAAAGAGUGAAAUAAAGUUACUUAAACCUGUUUUACAACACACAACAGACCACAAAUCAGGAUUGUUGACGAGAUUUUCUCUAAGAGGACUGAAAUCAUGACUGCGAGUGGAGGUGGAGGUGGAAGCUGUUUAGCUAUGAGCCUAUCUGCUCUGCAGAGGCUCGACCCCUAUAUCAGCAGCAUCACAGACCUGGCCAGCCAAGUAGCAUUAUACACCUUCAACAACACCACAAAUGAAUGGGAGAAGACAGAUGUGGAGGGAACUCUGUUUGUCUAUAACAGGCUUGCCUCCCCAAGGCAUGGUUUCACCAUCCUGAAUCGCUUGAGCAUGGAAAACCUGACGGAGCCCAUCACUAAGGAAUUGGAUUUUCAGCUGCAGCAUCCAUUUCUUCUGUACAGAAAUGCACGCUUGUCCAUCUAUGGCAUUUGGUUCUAUGACAGAGAAGACUGUCAGCGUAUUGCAGAACUCAUGAAGACUUUGGCAGCACAAGAACAGCAGCUACGGGCACAUGUAGAAAGCGGCUGUGUAUCCCCACCAACGGCAGAGCAGGGGGUGGAUAUACUGCAGAUGCUCACAAAAGCACGAGAUGACUAUGACAAGGGAAAACCCACUUUUGAACCAAAGGAGAUUGGCAGUGGUGGUGUAAUCUAUGGAAACCCCCAUCUUAUUAAACCUAUUCCUCUCAAACCAGCACAAGACCAGCACAUACAGGGACAAACACGGCAGGAUGGAGAGAUGGACUCCAAACAUUUCUCAGUUACCACUUUGUUUGGGACUCAGCCAAAGCCAAGCCCUAUCUCCCCACAACCCAGCUCAAAUGUCAGCAGGACGGGCCCAGCUCGACCUUUAGUAGCCCGUUCUCUGUCUUAUGAUGACCCGGCCCCAGCAGGUAGCGCUGUGGUUUCCAACACCCCUAUGCAACAUUGUCCAGCCAUCCACAAACUCAUGUCGGGGGCGCUGCUGCAGCCCCUGUCUGAGUCCACAGAAAGCCGUCUUAGUGAAAACGGAGCACUCCAUAAUCAGCCAGACCCAAUACAAAGACUCCUAAUGAACCCUCCUCCUGGGGCAGGAGCGCCGUCUGCCCUGCAGUUAAACCAUGGAGAGUCUGGGAUGGGGCAGCAAAUCCACCCACAGCCUAUAGCUGCAGGAUCGACCCAAAUGCUCCAUGUCCCUGCCAAGGCACCCCCUGUUGGGGUGGGAGGCAAUGUGGUGUCACCCCAUGAGCUUCUGCAGAAGCUUACUUUGGUGCAAAAGGAGCAGGAACUCCAUCCUCUUCAGGAUCUUUUACAACCCAAUCAAACCACCAGCAGCCCCAGUCUCAGCAAAACUAAUCCAGCACAGGUGAUUUCGCCACAACGCAUCCCAGCAACUGUAGCCCCAACCCUCCUGUUGUCACCCAGCGUGUUCGCUAAGACUAAAACCACCAGAGCAGUGGUAGAACCGGAACCAGCAGAACCCAGAGCACUUAGCAAGACUCAGCUACAGGCCACACUGCUCCAUCUCAUUAAGAACGAUGCCUCAUUCCUCAACACCAUCUAUGAAGCAUAUGUCUCCCGUCUUGCAACAGACCCCAUCUCCAAGCUUUUCUGAAGCAGGAACGCCCUAUGCAAACACAAACUUUGCACACAUACUUCCGACCCAUCUCAGGAUUGUAGCAUCUAAUGAGUUGACACCAGAACAAAUAUUUGGUUUUAUAUCGAUGCAAUAUACACACACUUUAAAUUUGAUCUUAAUAACCUGCAAUUUUAGAUGUUCCCCACUAGUGGGAGUCUUAAAUAUUUUAAUAUUUUCAAGAGGAGAAUUUUGUAAUGGAUUUUACAUGCAGUUUUUAGUAAACAGGGCACGAAAACAUCUCUUGUAAUCAGAGGGAAGGUGGAAUUCUCCUUUUAAAGCAUUAUUUUUAAUGUAACAGAUCCAACAAAUAAAAGGAAAUAAAAGGAGUUUGUAGACUGCACCAUGGAGUCUUAUAUAGUAUGAAUAACACACAGAAUGACAAACCAAACAGUUUUGUUUUUUCAGCAUCUUGAUAUUAAGGCGAAGCCAGACAGAAACCUCAUCCCUACAUAAACCAGCAGGAAUAGUUUAUUCAUUUAGUCACAUCUUAUCUUGCAAAGAAAACAAAUGGAUUUUGUUUAAAAAAUGUACAUAUAAAUAUUAUAUUUUUCUAUUCUAUGUCUCCUUUGUUCUUAUCAACAUGCUGGAUUUUAGAUGCCCUUUUUUCAAAACUAAGUUAAUGCCAUUACGUGUUCAGACUCAGCAGGUCAAUUGUUAGACAUGCUGACAAUUUUGUUUCAUCCAUUGUUCUUCUUAUUAAAAUAAUAUCCCAACACCCCA